GGAAGAGGCACUGACUAACAUUUCAGUCCGCGUGACUCUUAGCUGUUUACUGAUAAUGUACUUCAGUCCUUUCUGAGAUCUUGGAGGAAGUGGGAGGAAAAGUUGUCAGCAAGGUGUCCAUCGAUAUACCUGAUCUUGCCUGAUACUUGAUAGGCAGAAAACAAAGAAAAGUUACAACACACCCCAGGUAACCAUGGCGAUGUCAAAGAUCAAAGCUCUGCAGACCUGGUGCAAGAGGACAUUGGAGGGGUACAGGGAUGUGAACAUCACAGAUAUGACCACCUCCUGGAGAAAUGGACUGGCCUUCUGUGCCAUGAUACACAAGUUCAGACCAGAUCUCAUAGACUAUGAUGCGCUUGAUAAGGAAAACGUGUAUGAGAACAACAAACUGGCAUUUGAUGUGGCAGAGAAAGAACUGAACAUUGCUGCCUUGUUAGAGGCUGCAGACAUGGUGGCCAUGAAAGUCCCUGACAGACUCAGUAUUAUAACCUACGUGGCCCAGUACCACAACUACUUCAAGGACAAACCCGUCUUGGGUGGUCCAGGAAUCAGUGUAGCCAAUAAAACAGCAACACCUAGUGGUACAAAACGACACCAUGAAGGGAGUGAACCCCAGUCACGACCAGAGGUUAAGAGAUUCACUCCAUCCCAUGAAAAUAAGCAGGACAAAUCCCAGGAGAAAGCCAAACACCAGAGAGUGGCAUCAAUGGGAGAAACAUGUCAGAUCUGCAGGAACAAAGUGUAUCUUCUGGAGAGGCACAUCGAGGAUGGGAAGUUGUACCACAGGUCCUGUUACCGACACAGCGAUUUGUCACCAUCUGGCAAAGUUUAUGCCAAACCAUCUGCUCUGUUUGAGAAAGAUGAAAAGAAAGAUUCAGGGAAGGAAGACAUACGUGUGAAUGGUAUGAGUCAGCUUGGUAAAGGGUUUGCUGCCCCAGAGAAGUCAGCAGGACAGAGGUCAAGGUCACCAGCCAGGGGCACAGCCAGAGUGGCUCUUAACAUAAAUAGUCACAGUGAAGAGAAGUAUAAACCUAGAUCACACAAACAAGAUGAUGUGGAGUCCAGGAAGAAGACUACAGAUAAUGGACACUCUGAAGAUCACAGGAGCAAUGCUAAGUCUGUCUUGGACAAACUGGAAAAGGAGGGUAGGUCGGACUGGAGGAAUAAGAGGUCUCAUAGCCCAAAGGCUGAGAGAAAGCCCUACUCGUCUUCAACACAGAGACCGAGUGAUCUGCCAGGCAGGCUAAGUGAACCUUCAGAAAAGAAGGUCACAGACAAAUGGCCGCCGUCUAAAGAUGAAAAAUCUUCAAGGUCUCGGAGCGAGGGCAUCGAUCAGAGAGCCACACCAGUUCCCAGACCCAGACAGUCUCUUCUUAAAGAAGAGGAAAACUCCACAAAAAUUGAUAGUAAUCAUGAAAGGUCAAGGUUUAGUAGGGAUGUGGAAAAAAUGGAAGUGGAUGAAACUGUGACCAAACCAUUGAAGAAUAGUUAUUCUUCAGAGCUUGAAACACGACUGACAAAGAGGACUGAACCUAGGAAACUCCCACUGGCAUUACAGUCAGGGGUGAAUGACAAAAGUGAAGAUAAUAAUAAUUUGUCCAAAUCUGACAAGAAAGAGAGUGCAGAUAUAACUAAUCCAACCCCUAAAACAAGACUGUUUUUGAAGAAAAAUGACAAAAAGCUCAGUGGUAGCAAUGAAAAGUUGAAUAAAACAGUGGGGGAGAGGAUUAAGGAAUCCAAAGAGAGGACUAAGUUAAGAAGUCAGGAGGAAAGAAGUAAAACAAAAAGUGAGGAUAAAAGUGAUAGGUUCUCAAUAGAUCGCAGUAAAUCUGUGACUCCACCUGCCAUAACUCCAGAUGAACCAAGCUCUGCACCCCCCUUGCCCAGGAGCACACCACCAGAGUUGCCCAAAUCCCAGCCAUCUCAACCAACAAGCCCUUCCACAGCCCCUCCCAGACCCCCUAGGAGCCCCACUACCCCUCACUCAGCCCCAACCCCAACCCCUCGAUCAGGCCCGCCUAAACCUCCAAGGGUGGGGCUUACUGAUGCUACAUCCAAGGAGACAUCAACUGAGGAUGCCUUAAGUAAGGCUGGUCAGCAGAAUAGAGGCUCACCACCUGUGGCCAUUAUGGUAUACCCUGAUUCCCGUCCCCCACAGGAAGAGGCUGACCAAAGGGUGUUGGGUGGUUUGCUCAAGUCUCUGGCUAAUGUGAGACAGAGACAACCAGGCAGUCCCACGAGGCCUGAACUAACCACAGAAUCCAAGACAUCUGUAGUGAUACCUCCACGCUCCCCAGUGAGCAAUGCCACAGAGAGCAAUGUACUGAGCAAUAACAUUAAAAAUUCAAACAACAAAACAACAGCAAAUGUAGAUAGUAAACCCAAGGAACAAUCACAUAUUAGUAAAAGUAAGCAUAAUGAAAAAGCAUCAAGCAAUAAUGAAGUCAUUGACACAACACCUAUCCCAGCUUGGCAGAAAGAGGUGGCAAGACGGAAAGCGGAGAAAGACAGCAAAUCCAAACAAAGACCAAAGUCAACAACAGCCAUUCUGGAUUACCUACAUGAUAAAGAGGAGAUUGAGAAUUCUCAUGUACAAGACAUACCUCGUGAGAAUAAACCACUGCCAACUCCUGUAGUAGACACAACUCCUACCCCAGCCUGGCAAAAAGAGGCAAGACGACGGAAAGAAAACGGAAACGCCAAACCAGCACGACCAAAAUCUAUGGACGUCUUGUCAGAUGAAAACGGAGACCUUUGCGUUGGUGAAGACAACUUGAAGGUGUUAAACUUAACAAAAGACUUGAAGAAGAGAGAUAAAAAGCCUAAAGAAUUCUCCAAAUCACAGGAGUCUGUACCUGACUGGCAGAAAGAGGCCCAGAAGAGAAUGGAGGAACGGAAGGGCAACUUUGUGGAUCCAGAGAAGAAGCGACUUGUUCCAGAAAGACAGGUGUGUCCGGAGAAGAAACGAGUUGUUCCAGAAAGACCUGUGGAUCCUGAGAAAAAGCGAGUUGUUCCAGAAAGACCAGAGCGACCAAACCUCAACAAAACAACCAAAAAACAUAUUGAAAUCAUUGAAAAUGGUGAUAACACAGAGAAGAAAAAUGUAGGCAAAUCAGAACGGACAAAAGUGUCACCAGGUAUGAAGUUUAAUUUUGAUGAUAGCAGCUUGGAUAGCAGCUCUGAAUUCCAACAGAAAGAGAAGCACAAAAAGGGGAGACAACCCCCUCCUAGACCAAAGUCUCCACCAGCAGUUAACCGUGCCCAGAAACACCAGAAAUACUUAGCAGGCAACAGGACAAGUCCAUUACGACCUGGGAUGAGCCCUGGGAAGUUAACACCUAUGGAAAUCCAGCGUCAACUCUUGGACAUUGACAGUAAACUUACUGACUUGGAGCUGAAAGGCCGUCGGCUUGAGGACUCCAUCAGGAAUGAUCACCUGAGAGAAAAGCCUAGGGCACAAGAAGAUGAGGAGGACAUGCUGAUGAUUGACUGGUUUUUGCUGGUCAGUCAAAAGAAUGAGCUGGUGCGGCAGGAAGCUGACCUCAUCUAUGCUUCCCGGGAAAAUGAACUAGAAGAUGAGCAAGACAGUGUUCAAGACCAGCUUCGCCGACUUCUUGAUAAACCCAAUAAAACCAGUGAAGAUAAACAAGAGGAAGAGUAUUUACUGGAGAGAUUGUUAUACAUUGUAGACCAGAGGAGUAAGAUAAUAGACUGUAUUGAUGAUGAUAAACACAGAUAUGAGGAAGAAGAUCGAGAAAUUGCAAUCGUCUUGGAAAAGAAAGCAAACAGCAAAACCCAAGAAAGGUUAUUGUGAUAGGAUGUGUUAGAAUCCCAGCAUUUGGUGAUGCCAGCUUUUAGUGCCUGUACAGAUACAAGAGUACUGGUGAAGUGCCGACGCUUACCUCUGAGAGUUCCUAGUCAACUCUACAUUGGAGAGCUGGAAAUUCAUGUAGACCAUGCACAGAACAGUUCUUCAGAGUUUGUCAGCUCACGGCUGUUUUAAGUGCCACUAUCUGUGGAUCUUUUUACACCUGGGCCAAAUAUUCACCUGUAUGAUUGCAUCUCAUUUGUUUUAUAAAUUGUGAUAUUUGUGUAUUAGUCACACCAGAUGUAUUUCCUCUUCUAUGGAGGUUGUGAUUUAUGUCAUGAUCAAAAUUAAUUUUUGUUGAAUGAUAAAGUUUUGUGUGGAAUCUUAUGUACAUUUAACACGACCACGAAAAGUUUUAUGCUUUUAAGACUUGUGAACGAUUUAUACAUUUGUUUCAUCCAUCCUUCAUUUGUUUCAAAAUUCAUCCAAGUUUUGUUUGCUUUCCAUUUGUUCGUUUGAUUUUGUUUAUUUUUGUUUGCUUGCUGUAUACAAGGUUUCUAGUGUUGAAAAAUGUGGUGAUAUGGUGCACAUUUUUGUUUUAUUAAGUGAUAAAAAGUUAGCAAGAGUGUAUUUGUUGUGUGUAGACAUGUGCAUGGUGCUAAGGGUUACUUGUAUAAAUAGUAUUGAUACCUGUAUAUAAAACAUAUGUUGUAUAUUUGUGUGCCUGAGUCUUAAAUAAACUAUGUUUUUUUUUAUCUGUCUCACAGUAUACUCAAACAUCAGAUUCAUUGUCACCAUUCAUUGUAUUCAGAUUCUGUACAUAUUAUUAUAAAAUAUGUGGUGGCUAAAAUAAUGGAGAAAAAAAAUCUCAACAUGAUUCGUAAUAAGGUCAUAUUUUUGUGUAUUUUGAGAAAUUUACAUCUUUGAAAAUGAUUUACAGCCUUAAAUUUGUCAAUUUAUUUUCAGUCUUUAUCUCUGGAAAAUAGGGUUGGUAUGAGACAAAUAACAAAAGUCACCUGAAAUUAUUUUUAAAAAGUAACAAACCCCAUAUUGACAGCCUGUGUACACAAUCAGUUGUGGUUACUGUGGAAAUUUUGGCUGGUCAAAUGCUGCGAUGUUCCAGUCUUCUAAACAAUAGUCAGGUGAGAUAAUUAUCCCAUAAUGUUUUGGAGUUUUGGUUGUAAAUUCUGUGAAAAAAUUGGGAAAUUUAAGAGUGAAAACAAUGUGCUUUUAUAAUUACUCAGAAAUCUCCAGACCUUCCAGUUAUACUUGAAUGCAAGUGUGGGUAUAUGAUUGUCCUUGACACAAGUAACAGUCUUAUCUGUUGCUGUCAAGUGCUGAUUUAGUCACAUAACUAUUUCACAUAGUUGUUACCUGUUACUAUUUUUCGUUAUUAAGUGUGUUUGCUACUUUAUGGUGCCACUGGGUAGUACUUACAACAAGUACAGAAUCAGAGCUCGUACAGGUCACAUAUUAAAGUAAUUACACUGAGAUCUAUGGGAAUUUUUCUUUCAUGUUAAGAUGUUGUUUAAAAGUCUUUGGUAAAGGUAAAACAAAAACUGAAUUAUUGGGUUUUAUAUCUGCCUGUUUUGAUGAUUGCGUUGAGUAUCGUUAAAGUGAACUUCAGCUUAUGUCAAAUGAAGGUGCUGGAAAUAACUCCCAAGGGUUGAAAUUGUUCUGGACAAAACUGUACUUUUGAAACUUUCAUUCCUCUUGAAUUUUCUGUUAUUUACACACUCCUGUUUCUAAGAUGAUGUGCCUUUUGUGCAUAUUUUGUAAUGGUGCUUUUGACAUUUACAUGUACAUCAGGAUGAAAUUUUGAAAAAUUUAGAUUUACAAUAUAUGUUUGUACAUCAAAAUUUCAAGCUAACUUUCACAAUGUUGUUCACAUUCUCAUGAACAAAUGCAGCAUCGGUUUCUCACAUUGAGUUACAGUUGUGAGUGUUUCCACCUUAAUGUGUCUCAAAUAUUGGUGCUUAACUAUGAACACAACUAAAUGUGGAGAAAAAAAUUGUGACGUGAGAGAAGAAUAAAGAAAACUAUAAAACUCA